GAAGCCUGCCCUGAUUCCUGCAGUCCUCAGCCUUCCUUCCUCCCCGUGGCUCCACAGUUUGCCCAGGGAAGCUGGAAGCAUCCCACUCUGCCCAGGCCUCUGCUCUGCCUGGCGUGUUUCCUUGAAAGGACAUGUGUUAUCUAGAAGCCUGCAGCUCCGAGUCCUAACAAUGGUUAUCCCCAGGGAAGGCGUGAAAGUCAGAGGGGACAUUGGCUUUAUCUACAGAGAUUACUGCAGUUUAUGUGACAAGCAGCCAAUCGGGAGGCUGCUUUUCCGGCAGUUUUGUGAAACCAGGCCUGGGCUGGAGUGUUACAUUCAGUUCCUGGACUCCGUGGCAGAAUAUGAAGUUACUCCAGAUGAAAAACUGGGAGAGAAAGGGAAGGAAAUUAUGACCAAGUACCUCACCCCAAAGUCCCCUGUUUUCAUAGCCCAAGUUGGCCGAGACCUGGUCUCCCAGACGGAGGAGAAGCUCCUGCAGAAGCCAUGCAAAGAACUCUUCUCUGCCUGUGCACAGUCUGUCCACGAGUACCUGAGGGGAGAACCAUUCCACGAAUAUCUGGACAGCAUGUAUUUUGACCGCUUUCUCCAGUGGAAGUGGUUGGAAAGGCAACCGGUGACCAAAAACACUUUCAGGCAGUACCGAGUGCUGGGAAAAGGGGGCUUCGGGGAGGUGUGUGCCUGCCAGGUUCGGGCCACGGGUAAAAUGUACGCCUGCAAGCGCUUGGAGAAGAAGAGGAUCAAAAAGAGGAAAGGGGAGUCCAUGGCCCUCAACGAGAAGCAGAUCCUCGAGAAGGUCAACAGUCAGUUUGUGGUCAACCUCGCCUAUGCCUACGAGACCAAGGAUGCACUGUGCUUGGUCCUGACCAUCAUGAACGGGGGCGACCUGAAGUUCCACAUCUACAACAUGGGCAACCCCGGCUUCGAGGAGGAGCGGGCCUUGUUUUAUGCGGCAGAGAUCCUCUGCGGCUUAGAAGACCUCCACCGCGAGAACACCGUCUACCGAGAUCUGAAACCUGAAAACAUCCUGUUAGAUGAUUAUGGUCACAUUAGGAUCUCAGACCUGGGCUUGGCUGUGAAGAUCCCCGAGGGAGACCUGAUCCGCGGCCGGGUGGGCACUGUUGGCUACAUGGCUCCAGAGGUCCUGAACAACCAGAGGUACGGCCUGAGCCCUGACUACUGGGGCCUGGGCUGCCUCAUCUACGAGAUGAUCGAGGGCCAGUCGCCAUUCCGCGGCCGCAAGGAGAAGGUGAAGCGGGAGGAGGUGGACCGCCGGGUCCUGGAGACCGAAGAGGUGUACUCCCGCAAGUUCUCCGAGGAGGCCGAGUCCAUCUGCAAGAUGCUGCUCACCAAAGAUGCAAAGCAGAGGCUGGGCUGCCAGGAGGAGGGGGCUGCAGAGGUCAAGAGACACCCCUUCUUCAGGAACAUGAACUUCAAGCGCUUAGAAGCCGGGAUGUUGGAUCCUCCCUUCGUUCCAGACCCCCGCGCUGUGUACUGUAAGGACGUGCUGGACAUCGAGCAGUUCUCCACUGUGAAGGGCGUCAAUCUGGACCACACAGAUGACGACUUCUACUCCAAGUUCUCCACGGGUUCUGUGUCCAUCCCAUGGCAAAACGAGAUGAUAGAAACAGAAUGCUUUAAGGAGCUGAACGUGUUUGGACCUGAUGGUACCCUCUCGCCAGAUCUGAACAGAAAUCACCCUCCGGAACCGCCAAAGAAAGGGCUGCUCCAGAGAAUCUUCAAGCGUCAGCAUCAGAACAAUUCCAAGAGUUCGCCCAGCUCCAAGACCAAUUUUAACCACCACAUAAACUCAAACCACGUCAGCUCGAACUCCACCGGAAGCAGCUAGUUUCGGCUCUGGAAGUCCACAGUGGAACCCGCAGACCUUCUCCUUAGAAGCGGAAGUACUGGAGCUUCUGCUCUGGUGGGGCUGCCAGGGGAGCCCCCCAGGAGCCGGAGAAGGAGGCCGUCCAUCCCGUCGACGUAGAACCUCGAGGUUUCUCAAAGAAAUUUCCACUCAGGUCUGUUUUCCGAGGCGGCCCCGGCCGGGGUGGAUUGGAUUUGUCUUUGGUGAACAUUGCAAUAGAAAUCCAAUUGGAUACGACAACUUGCACGUAUUUUAAUAGCGUCAUAACUAGAACUGAAUUUUGUCUUUAUGAUUUUUAAAGAAAAGUUUUGUAAAUUUCUCUACUGUCUCAGUUUACAUUUUGUAUAUUUGUAUUUAAAGAAAGUGAGAUUGAGGGUGUAUAUUUUCUGUGCAGCCACUGUUAACCCAUGUGUUCCAAGGCAUUUUAGCGGGGAGGGGUUUACAAAAAAAAAAAAAAAAAAAGAAACAAAUUCCAGAGCCUCAAAUGAGAAAAUGUCUUUAUUAAAUGUAGAAAGUGAUUCA